AACAAUGAAUAUCCAUUAUUGUUUCUUAUAUAUAUAGAAGUGUUAAAACUGGACAGUGUUAAAACUGAACAUAAAAAGCCUACCUUUCUCCCUUUCAUCCCUUCUCCGAUUCUAUUAAUCCUCAAGACAUAUUUCCCUUCCUUCCCUGCGUCUGUUUUUACUUGUUGAUUCGACUGACAUAUCACUUUAAAGCUAACUUCGAAGACUGACUUGUUAUACAUAUUUCACUGUUAUAUAAAGUGCCAAACAUUGGAGUAGGUACGCGUUGAGUGCAUUGAUGGUGAUUGCCGCGAGUGAGUCGCGCGAUUGUAUGCGCAUGAGUGGGUCGGUUCGGAGGGUGGCUCGGUGUGUUGCUCGUGCGUCGACGGCAGCACGGUGGUCGGAGGCGGGGUGUUCCGUUGCUGCGUGCCCUGGUGCGGGGCGCGCGCGGCGGCGUCCGUCGAUGACGCCGACUACGCGCUGCGCGGAGAAAGUCCGCCCACUCCUCUUGAAGAAUACGUUGCUCCAGAACCAGUAAUAAGCUCACCGAGACCUCUCGGCCAACAGUCGCCCCUUCCUGGAAUCGAAGAGGAAGACGACUCAGAUUGGCCACUCGAAGACGCGACAGACGCGACUCUCACACCGUCUUACAAAAGCACCAGAAGCAGUACAGAUACAGUUUAUACUUCUUCGAGAAGUUCGGGCAAGAAGCGAUUCGGGAGUCCUUCCGCAGUAAAGAUAUGCAUUUCGGCUGCUGCUAGGAAGUCGGGAAAAGCGCGUAAGCGUGGGGGGGGCGUGGGCACCGUGUCGCCGUCCGCGCCGCCGGCUCAGCAGGGCGAGGAGGCGCCCGCGCCACACGGCAGGAUGCAGGCGGAGCAAGGCAGCAUCGGCGAGCUGCAGAAGUACCAUGGCAGAUACCUCAAGAGCCGCCGACACACGCUCGCUAAUGUUCGCUUUGAUGUGGAGAAUGGCGCCGCGGGAGGGGGCGCGGGGGGCGCGCGCUCCCCGCUCGAGGGGGGCUCCCCCUCCGCCGCCCUCGUGCUCCAGGCCAUGCCGCAGCGCCGCGAGUCCUUCCUAUACCGCUCAGACUCGGAUUUCGAGAUGUCACCCAAGUCUAUGUCGAGAAAUAGUUCGAUAGCCAGCGAAAGUAGUACACAGCAAAUAUCCCCUGUGGUUAGCCGAAGAAGAAAGCUUGAAAAAUUGCCUACAGAAGGGGUUGAUAAUGUGAAAUCAUUCAAGGAGUCCGAGGCGGCGCAACUGGACAGAGCUCAUGGAGAAGACCUGAUCGUGACGCCGUUCGCGCAGGUGCUGGCGAGCCUGCGGAGCGUGCGCACCAACUUCCUAUCCCUCACCAAUGUGCCAGUGUCCAAGUCUCGGAGAUCCUCCGGCGCGGCGACGGCUGUCACGCCUCAACCGAAGAACCUCAACCCUGGAGACGAGGCAUACAUGAAGCUUGCUUUGGAAACGGUGGAAGAGCUGGACUGGUGCCUGGACCAACUGGAGACGAUACAAACUCACCGCUCCGUGUCUGAUAUGGCCUCACUUAAGUUCAAACGGAUGCUGAACAAGGAGCUGAGCCACUUCUCGGAGUCCAGCAAAUCCGGAAACAUGAUCUCCGAGUACAUCUGCACCACUUUCUUAGAUAAGCAACAAGAGAUUGACUUACCGUCUUUACAAGUGGAGGAGGCAUCUGAGAGGACCAAGAAGAAGGAGAAGCCCCGCCCUGGCGGCCCGGCGACCACUAUGUCACAGAUCACUGGCGUGAAGAGGACGUUGACACACACAAAUAGUUUCACCGGAGAACGCGUGCCGCGGUAUGGCGUGGAAACGCCCCACGAGGAAGAACUCGGCAGGUGCCUCAGUGAGCUCGACCGCUGGGGUGUAGAUAUCUUCCGAAUUGGAGACUUGUCAUGCGGCCGACCUCUUACCGCCGUCGCCUACGCUGCUUUCAAUACGAGAGAGCUGCUGACUACACUACAGAUCCCGGCACGCACGUUCCUCGCGUUUGCAGUAACCCUCGAGGAACACUACAUCCGUGACAACCCCUUCCACAACUCGCUGCACGCAGCUGACGUCACGCAGUCCACUAACGUGCUCCUCAACACGCCCGCCCUCGACGCCGUGUUUACUCCCGUCGAGGUGUGCGCGGCCCUAUUCGCCGCCUGUGUCCACGACGUCGACCACCCCGGCCUCACCAACCAAUUCCUAGUCAAUUCCAGUUCGGAACUCGCACUCAUGUACAAUGACGAGUCCGUCCUAGAAAACCACCACCUCGCCGUCGCGUUCAAGUUGCUACAGAACGAAGGUUGCGACAUAUUCGUUAACCUUCACAAGAAGCAGAGACAGACGCUCAGAAAAAUGGUUAUAGACAUGGUGCUCUCGACGGACAUGUCGAAACACAUGAGCCUCCUGGCCGAUCUGAAAACCAUGGUGGAGACUAAGAAAGUUGCCGGUAGUGGCGUGUUAUUGCUGGACAAUUACACGGACAGAAUACAGGUGUUAGAGAAUCUCGUACAUUGUGCCGAUCUAAGCAAUCCCACAAAGCCUCUACCUCUUUACAAGAGGUGGGUGGCGCUGCUCAUGGAGGAGUUCUUUCAACAGGGCGACCGUGAGAGAGAACACGGAAUGGAUAUCAGUCCCAUGUGCGACAGGCACAAUUCUACGAUAGAGAAGAGUCAGGUCGGAUUCAUCGACUACAUUGUGCAUCCACUAUGGGAGACGUGGGCGGACCUGGUACACCCCGACGCACAAGACAUCUUGGACACAUUGGAGGAGAACCGAGACUACUACCAGAGCAUGAUCCCGCCUUCACCCCCGCCUGCGCCCGCGCAGUCGCAUGCAGAUGACGAUCGCCCAGAACAAAUACGGUUUCAAGUAACACUGGAGGAGGGUGAAGGCUCAGAAGAUUGCGAGGGCGAGGGCGACGGUGGGAUGUGACGGAAACUACUCGGAAUCUGUAAGAAACUCUCCGAGAAGAUGCAGGUUUGGUGGAAGCUGUGGCAGUAGCCGACGGAGACGGAGUGGCGGCCGCGACGCGAGUGGCGAGUUGCACACGCCCGGCCCGGGCCCGGCGGCGGCGCGCGGCGCCCGUCGGAUCGGAUAACAAUAAUGUAAACACUUGUUGACGCUUACGUCGAAAUGGAACGACCUCCGGGUCCGUCGUAACAUUUCGACCAUGAUUAUUUAUAUGUGAUUAUUAUGCAAUGUUAAAUUAGAGUUACCUAACGACUAAAUAAUAUGUCCCUCCAAUGACUGUAACAUUCGAUCGUGUAGUGUUUUUACUGUUGUUUUGUUUUAUCUAACCAAAGAUGUGUAAAAUUCGAUUCCCUAAGUUUAACAGAAGCAUUCAGAUCCCCUGUAAGUAGUUAGUUUUCGUUUGAAAUAAAGUUGGUAUAAAAUAAGUAGAUUUAAUCGUCGCCUCGCCGACGCGGAGCGACUAAGUUAGGACAUUGAAAACGCUUAUUAAUUGGUAUGAAAGGGUAAUUUAUAUUGUCAUAUCAUCCACGUUUCUCAUAUUUAAUACGGGUUUGCGAUAAUGAUGUUAUUCACCAAAAUAUAUUAACGUAAUAGGUACCUAUCGUAAAUUAUAAUCUAUUUUAAGGUAAAUUUUAAAAAUUGCCUUUCGGAGUUGUUGUUGUGUCUUUUUCUGAAUAUUUGAUAUUCGGCCAGCGGUCGCAGAGGCGGCCGCUCGACGGGUAGCAUCACUCCUACUAGCACCUCAUUUCGUGUAAGGAUCGCUGGCGAUACCUUUUCAUUUUUCUUUUAGCAUAAUGUACUUUUAUGUGACUUAGGUAUUUUAUCCCUUUUACCCAUAAUGUUGUCAUGAAUCUUAUGGUAAAAGUUUUGUGUAAGUAUGCAACUAACGGCUUGAAGUGUUUGAUUCAAAUGUUAAAUACCUACUAACAAGAGUGGUUUGCGACUAAGUUUUCUCUCGAAUCAUCAGUACAAGUGUUUACAGAAGUACCUAAUUAACUAAGUGUGUGAACGGUAGCGGCGAAGGCCGGGUCUUGCAAUAGUACAUGCUAAGUGUGCCCUGUCUUGGGGCACUUUCAUUCGUGUUCUCACUUCGCACAACAAUCAUACCUACUUUAAGUUUGUAUAAUAAUCUCUGAUAUACUUACUUCAAAAUUCAUUCGCAUUAAGAAAGUAUUUCCUGAGCGUAAGCAGCUACAAUCACAGAAUGCGCCAGGAAUAUAUUUUGUUAGCGCAGGUGAAAAUCUUGUUUCAUAUGUAUUAAUGUUCCAUCGCCUGCAGAUCUGACUUGGACGUAACUCGUAAGCCGGCGUAGCCCACAAUAUAAGUAACAUGUACCUACAUUGUCGUUAGUCACAGUAUCCUUGUCAUAGAAGUCUACCUACGAUUAUAACUGGUACUCUCAGCAUUUCAAACACGGGGGUGCGAUUACUUAAUCAAAUGUACCUUUAAGGAUGUCUGUAUGCCAUUAUAUCCAUGUUAAUGUAAAUUCUCUUAGUUUAUUUACGAUUACGAGCUGGUCUCUAUACUUUCAUGUACUCAAAAGAUAUUUCGAUUAAUUAUGAUUUAGUUCCUUGCACUUUAUUUUAUUAUUCCUAGUAUCUCAGUAUGAGUAUUAUUAUGUUUUAUAAAUGCAGGUCAUUUUCUCACCCAUCAUUCAUCAGAGUCAAGAAUGAAGGUCCAAUGUACAUUAUUUUCGUAGGUAAAGUAAGAUUUACGGCGAUCAGAAAGUUAUGGAAUUUCUUAUGUGAAAUCGCCAAUGAUGUCUUCGAAAUGUCUGAUUUUGGAAGCAUAAUUUAGGAUCAGUAUGUCGAGUCAACACUCGCAUAAGAAAAAUUAAAACGCUUAACUACUGUGUGUUAUAAUAGAAAGAUUACGCUUAGAACCAUUUGUUUUCUAAUGUACCUAUGUAUUUGUAACAAAAUUGUGUUGAAUAAAAUGUUCGUACUACCAGUAGAUCUGUGUAUAACGUACGUACCCAAUCUUGCGUAGUUCGACUCGUAAAACAUAGCAAAGGAGUAUAACUCUACUGAACGGAAAAUCUUUUUUGAAAUAUUAAAAUACUGUGUAAUUUUCAUCACAAGCUAUUGUAUGUUAGAUUCGAUACGCUUAAAUGCAUGGUACUCGAGAUUUUGUAGUGAAUUUACAGAGUCUGUAGUCUUAUGGUAUACCCCUGAACAAAUGUUUUUAUGUACUCGCCUCCCUACUAAAUGUGACAGUAGGUACUCUUGUGUGUUUUACUGUAACUACGGUUAAGAUUGGAUAAUACCUAGAUAAAAUUAUUAUUAAUAACAAGUUAAAGUGUGCAAUGCUGGACAUUUGCAUUACUUAUUAUUUAUGUUUAAAAUAAAAAAAUAGCUUGUAAUAGUUUAAAUGACUAUUUGAGUUGGACUAAAGAAUAUUAAUGUAUUUAGAAUAAAAAGAUAUGGGAGAAAACUCAAA